AUGCGCGCUCUAAUACUUGUGUUCCUUGUUGGACAGAUUUAUGCAUCCGUCUACUGGGACGAGUAUGAGUUGUGCCGCAAUGACUCCGACUAUGGGAACUCCACGUUGGUCUGCGAUCCAUCGCAUCGGUUAGCGAAUACAACGGCAAGCAAACUGACCGAUAUGCUGUGGAAAUUGCAGGAACGAGUGGGGUGCGAAUGUGUGGAUGGAUGCCGUCGAGAGAACGGUCGAGACGAAUUUAUCGGAUUACUUCACGUAACAAACAGCAAAAAUACUGAUGAUCUGAAAGCGGAUAUGGAACGUGAGUACACGAAUGCAAAAUUGGGCAAUGCCAGCUGUGAUCAUGGUCUUCUUCUUGUUUAUCUGAAAGACACACAAAAGUUGGCCACAUUUCGUGGCGGCGACUCUUUCGUAUUGCUAACCGACGAGGAUAUGGAGAAAUUGCACGACCUCGCAUCUAAGGCACAGGGCUCAGACGCUGACAAUACCUUAGCAUUGCAAUUUUUACUAAGCAAUUAUAAGGAUGUUGUCUCAAAUCCUGUACAAAGAGCGGAGUCGUGGCUGCCAAUUAUUGGUCUUAUUGUUGCCGUUCUGAUCGUACUAUGCAUUACCGGUAUAUUACUGUCGAUGUUUUUGGCGAGAUUUUGUUGUUGUUGUGCGAAACGUAACAAGGAUGUUUAUCACGUAAAUACUCUACCAUCAUAUAAGACAGUGGAGCCGCUUUACGUUGUCACACCACCUGGACGUCCACUAUUACCCGAUCAGAUCUACUCAACACCAUAUUCUGGUAGUCCUCUACCGUAUCCUCCACCACCAGGUGCAAGCGUUCCAGUUACACCUACAUCCACAUUUAGACAUGCGGUAAAUCUUGAAACACCGACUAUGAAGAAGCCUCAUACACGCAGUGAGCCCGGCUCUUUGCGACGUGCUCCUGGAUCCGAGUAUUCUGCUCCCGGUGGCGUAUACGCGCCUCCACAAGUAACACCUCCAAUGAUGUUACCACCUACGGAACUUUAUGGAACAAUACCUCGUGCCACUCUUCUUCCACGUAACGGUCAACCAGCAUCACCGCAAGACCCGAAGGAUCUCCCAUUUUUGGAUCCAAAUCGAAAGCAGGAGACACAAACAAGAGAGGAAUUAAUUUACUAA